AUGGAUUACUCAGCAGAGACGCAUUAUGUCUCCUUCCUCAGCGGCGAUGGGGGGGGCAUGGGUAACAGCAGCAGCAGCAGCAGGAACAGCAGCAGCCGCAGCAGCCGGGGGCGCCGCAGCAUCAGGUCUGGUGGUUUAGGGUUUGUGUCUCCUCACAUUGCUGCUAAGCGUAUGUUCUACAAGAAGAAGCUAACAGUGCUGCUGCUGAGUUGUGUUGCUGCUGCUGCCCUCUGGAUGUCUUGGUGCGGUUUGCAAAGGCUCGCUGCUGCAGAUGACGACGCAGCAGCAGAAGCAGCAGCAGCAGCAGCAGCAGCAGCAGCAGCAGCAGCAGCGGCAGCAGCAGAGGAAAACGGAGGGUCUCCCUUGAUCAGAACCUCAGCAUCAAACCCAGCAGCAGCAUCAGACCCAUCAGCAGCAUCAGCAGCAGCAGCAGCAGCAGGGCCAAGCAGCGUUGUCUCAGUUGCUUCUCUGCCUGUAAGUGUCUACGACUAUGAAGCAGCACACUUUGAGUUUUGCUUCCAGCUGUUUAUCAGCGAACAUCAGAAGAUGUAUAUAUCGAUGGAGGAGAAGAGAAAGAGGCUGAAGAUAUUCACAGUAAACCUCACGCAUAUCCUGCUUCACAAUCUACAGGGCCACACAUACGAGUUGGCGAUGAACAGGUUUGGCGAUCUUUCUCGAGACGAAUUUGCUGCAUGGGUGAAGGGCGUCAGCAAAAGUACUUUGCCUUUAAAGACUGCAAGGCUAGGGGUGUAUAAAGAACUACCUUCAAUAGAAGCACCUGCUGCUAUUGACUGGAGACAGAAGGGCUGCGUAACGAACGUGAAAGACCAAGCAGAGUGCGGUUCUUGCUGGGCAUUCUCUGCUACAGGAGCAUUAGAAGGUGCAUUUUGUGCUGCUGCACUGCAGCAGGAGCAGCAGCAGCAGCAGGAGCAGCAGCAGCAGCAGGAGCAGCAGCAGCAGCAGCAGCAGCAGGAGCAGCAGCAGCGCAUUCUGCUGCAGCAGCAGCAGUUAGUUCUACAGCAACAACUGUUACAUGUACAGCAGCAGAUGCAACAGCAGCAGCAACAGCCACAGCAGCAAAAACUGCUGCAAGAGCAGCAGCAACGCCUACUGCUUCAACUCCAGCUCGUACAACAACAACAACAGCAGCACCAACAACAGCAGCAGCAGCAAGAGCAGCAAGAGCAGCAGAAGGUGCUGAGCUUCAGCGAGCAGAUGCUUGUCGAUUGCUCUGCUGCUUACGGUAAUGAAGGCUGCAACGGCGGGCUGAUGGAGAACGCUUUUUUGUUUGUUAGCGAGAAAGGGAUAUGCUUAGAAGAAGAGUAUCCUUAUAAAGCAAAAGAAGGUGUUUGUCAAGUAAAUGCAUGCGCAAAGAAGUAUUAUAUAGAAGGGUAUUAUGAUAUACCUGCUAAGAAUGAAGAGGCUAUGAAGAAGGCACUAUAUACACAUGGCCCUGUCUCUGUUGCUAUUGAAGCAAGUCAAACUUCUUUUCAGUUCUAUCAUAAAGGUAUAUUUAAUGCACCUUGCGGUGAUAACUUAGAUCACGGUGUUCUUCUUGUUGGAUAUCAAACAAACAAAGACAAAAAAGAAGACUUCUUCAUCCUUAAAAACAGCUGGGGUGUCGGCUGGGGCGAAGAAGGAUAUAUGAAGUUAGCUAUGCAUGCAGGAGAAGCGGGCCAGUGUGGAGUGUUGCUGUCAGGGUCGUAUCCAGUUUUAUCGAAGAAGGAGCCGCCGAUCACCUCUAAAUGA